GAGAAACACAACAAGUAGAUCGUAUCUUGGAAGCAUUUUCAAUACGUUAUUGGGAAUGUAAUCCAAAAUCAAUAUAUGGUAGUGCUGACAUUGUUCAUGCAAUCGCAUAUUCGCUUCUACUUUUAAAUACCGAUCUGCAUAUUGCUCAACUUUCUACUAAGAUGUCACGUCAGCAAUUUGUACGGAACACUAUGGCUGCAAUCCAUGCUCAAAUCAACCUGGCAAUGCAAGGUCAUAAUGAAUCAUAUGAAGAUGAUCAAAGUACAAUAACGUCUGUUGAUACAAAUGUAACUUCUAGUACAUCAGUUACUGCACGUCCACGUCGUAGCGCAAGUAUUAAAAGCUGGAGAAGCAACACAAAUUCAAGCAUGGCCAGCUUACAAUUCAUACCUCCUAGUUUUUCACGGCAAUGGGAUUCGGAAUUAGAAUCCCUUUUAAAAGAAAUGUAUACAGCCAUAAAAACUAAUCAAAUAGUACAGCCAUUUACUGAACCUGAAAGAGUACAAUCGGAUUCGAACACUCUUUCACCAACAAUACAACGUAGUAUGAGUCUUUUGGGACAUCAAAGCUCUAGGAUUAAUGCUCUUAAGAAAGGAAUCGCUGCUGCUAAUGCGAGGACUCGCAAAAAUGCAAAUGGUAAAGUUUCACCAAGUCCUAGUUUUGGAAGCAUUGGUAGCGAUUCAAGCCUCGGAGCUGACAGUUUGGCUCGUUCAAGUUCUCAGACGCUACCUACAUUAUCUUCAUUUUCUUUACGUCACGCAUCUUCAUCAGAGACUGCGCUUACGUCUACAAUAGCCGAAUGUAAUGAAGAUGACUUUGAUAAUGACAGAGCAUCCAUUGAUUCAACAUCCACUUCCGAGUCAUUAGAGUUAUAUUUAUCUGGUGCACCAUAUGCCAAAGAGGGAUUAUUGGCAAAUGCAACUGCUAUGGGUGAAGUAAGUCUCCGUCACACUAUUACCAAUGCUCUACCUCCACCUGGUUAUAAUCGCUCUCGUCCUCAUGUAUUUGCACUUUCGAUGUCCAAUGGUGGUCUCUACUUUUUCCAAGCUGGUACAGCCGAAUUGGUAGAUGAAUGGGUAUUAACAUGCAAUUACUGGGCAGCAAGAAUGAGCAAAGAACCUUUAACUGGUGGAGUGAGUAACAUGGAGUAUGGUUGGGGUAGAUGUUUAGAACCAAUCCUCGAUGGUGACGAAUUGUCAGACAGGAAAAGUAUAAUGAGUGACCAUCGUAGUAUAAUGAGCGGUGGGUCAACUUAUUCUACUGAUCGGAUUGUUGUUAAUGAGUGGAAAGCACCAAUGCCGCCUAGUGUGUCUAGUAAUCUUGAUGAAGCUGGACAACUUGCCGCUCUGAAAAAAUAUAAAGAAGAUCUUGAAGAAGAACUAGAACAGCAUAAGAAUUUCUGGGAUCCUAUGUCAAAAUUG